CCUCGCACAAAAAGUUCACAGAUUCAAAGGCUCUCGUUAUCGAAGUCGAAAUCGCAUCUUGAGGGACUAAAGGAGGAAAAUGGCGGAAACCCAAGUUUUAGCUGCAUCCAUGGCAGGCUACGAUAGAAUGAGCGAAGUGAAAGCAUUUGACGAAACGAAAUCUGGUGUCAAGGGACUUAUUGAUGCUGGAAUCACCAAAGUACCUCGCAUAUUCUACGAACCACCAAAUAACUUGGACAAGAUUAAUUCUUCUUCAUCAUCAUCAUCUGGUGUUGAAGCAGUCCCAGUCAGUAUCCCAAUCAUAGAUUUUCAUGGUGUCAAUAACGAUGAUGAUCCGGUUCGGCGCAAUCGAAUAGUUGACCAAGUUCGAGGUGCUUCUGAGACGUGGGGAUUUUUCCAAGUGGUGAAUCAUGGAAUUCCAGCGACUGUUAUGGAGGGAAUGAAGGAAGGUGUUCGACGAUUCUUCGAGCAAGAUAACGAGAUCAAGAAACGAUUCUACCAUCGCGACAUCGACAAAAAGGUUAGGUAUAACAGUAAUUUUGAUCUUUAUAGUUCUCCAGCAGCGAAUUGGAGGGAUACUCUCGUCUGCACUGUAGCUCCUGAUAGCCCAAACCCUAAAGAGCUGCCCAGUGCUUGCAGGGACAUACUAAUGGAGUACUCCAAGGAAGUGAUGAAAUUGGGGAUAAUAUUGUUCGAAUUGUUAUCGGAGGCUCUUGGAUUGAGCCCGAGCCACCUAAACGAUGUGGAUUGCUCCAAGGGACUCUCUGUUCUAUGCCAGUACUAUCCGGCAUGCCCCGAGCCGGAACUAACGUUAGGCUCAACCAGACAUGCGGAUAGUGACUUCCUCACAGUGCUCAUGCAGGACAAUAUGGGUGGCCUUCAAAUACUUCAUCAAGAUCAAUGGGUUGAUGUAACCCCCUUUCCUGGUGCUCUAAUUGUCAACAUUGCUGAUCUUCUACAGCUCAUAUCAAAUGACAAAUAUGUGAGUGUGGAGCAUAGAGUAUUAGCAAAUAGAGUAGGACCAAUAAUAUCAGUGGCAUGUUUCUUUGGAAGACAUCUUCAACAAUAUGAGAGACUUUAUGGACCUAUUAAGGAGUUAUUAUCAGAAGAGAAUCCUCCCAAGUAUAGGGAAACUACUGUAAGAGAGUAUGUUGCAUAUUACAAUUCCAAAGGCCUUGAUGGUACUUCCAAAUUGCUGCAUUUCAAGCUCUAACUUCAUUCCUGUGUCAAAAAGAGGAUUCAAAAGAAAAAAUGUCGGCCCGAGAAGUCUCCUAAAUCCUCUGAUAUUUGUAUCACUCCACUCUCUCCAAGUACAACCGGAUGGUUUUUAAUCUUGCAUUUAUGACCUGAUCACUUGUAUAUGCUAGACAAACAACAUUAAUUACAACCUGAUCUGGUUCUUCUUCUAUGUUUUAUGUUCUAUGGACAGA